UACGAGAAGGUAGGACACCCAUUCAUGAAUCUAUUCAUCAUCUCGUCUUCCUUCAUCGAUUUCGCAGUAUUUUCUCGCUAGAAGCAGGAAGAAAAUUCAUUGGGUAUUGUUGACUUUGCCCUAAUGGACACCCCUCCAGCUGAGGAGCUGCUGAAGAAGAUCCAAGAGCUUGAAGCCGGCCACGCUAACCUCAAACAAGAGAUGUCGAAGCUGUUGCUUAGCAGUGGCAGCACCGUCACUAACAGCGAUGGCAAAUCGUUUAACGGACACCAGCGCUCGCAUUCGGUAUCGCCAGAGAGAUCGAGAAUGAGCGCUCCGAGGAGGAAAACUGGUGGUGGGCUCGAGGGAGCCACCGCCUACUUGAAGCAGAGCUCAUCUUUCAGACAUUCGUCUCCGUUGCAAAGGGAGAGCAGCAGCCGUGAUGCUCCCAGUCUGAGACCAGCUGCCCCUGCAGCCGUUAAUUUUUCGAAUAAGCAGUACCUUAAUAUUUUGCAGUCUAUGGGUCAGUCAGUUCAUAUACUUGACCUCAAUGGCUGCAUAAUUUACUGGAAUCGAACAGCAGAAAACCUUUAUGGUUAUUCAGCUUCAGAAGCCCUUGGUAAGGAUGCGAUUGAGCUCCUUACAGAUGCUCAUGACUUUGAAGUAGCAAGUAAUAUGAUAAACCGUAUAACCAUGGGAGAGAGCUGGACUGGCCAAUUCCCUCUAAAGAAUAAACUGGGGGAGCGUUUUCUAGCCAUUAUGACCAACACUCCAUUCUAUGACGACGAUGGUACUUUGGUAGGGAUUGUUUGUGUCUCGAAUGAUUCACGGCCCUUUCAAGAAAUGCGCCACCCAUUCUCUGUUACGAAGCCUUUGGAAGCUGAUUCCAGCUUCUCUCGGUCAAAGACUACUACUACAGCUAUGAAACCAAAUUUAGAUUCUCAGCAACCUCUGCAAGUUGCAAUUGCCUCAAAAAUAUCAAGUCUGGCUUCUAAAGUGACCAACAAAGUCAAGUCAAGAAUUCGGACUGGUGAGAACGGUAUGGAGCGUGAAAGUGGGAGCGGCGAUAGUCAGUAUUCUGAUCAUGGUUUCUCAGAUGCAGUUCUCUCUGACCAUAGGGAGGAUGCUACUUCAAGUGGAGCUAGCACACCUAGAGGAGAUGUACCUCCAUCUCCCUUUGGUGUGUUUUUGCAGGGUGCUGUGGAUGAAAAAUCCCCUGGAAAAUCCUCAAAAGAUUCUGGUGAGGAGGGUUUAGGGAAGCCUGGAAUCCAGAAGAUCAUUACUGCAAAGGCAGAAGCAUGGAUCAAUAAAAAGGGCAUAUCUUGGCCUUGGAAGGGGAAUGAGCGGGAUGGCCCGGAGGCAAGGACUACACGUUUUGUCUGGCCUUGGUUGAAUCAUGAUCAAGAAAAUGAAUUGGAUCAUCAGAAGAAAACUGAUUCCGGUGCAAAGCCAGAAAGCCAAGGUGGUGAGAGUAACCGGCCCAAUAAUGACGCUUCUGGGUCCUGGUCCUCAUUUAAUGUUAACAGCACAAGUAGCGUGAGUAGCAGUGGAAGUACCAGUGGUAGUGCUGUUCAUAAAUUGGAUAUGGAUUCUGACUGCUUGGAUUAUGAAAUCUUGUGGGAGGACUUGUCAAUUGGAGAACCGAUUGGGCAAGGUUCUUGUGGAACUGUAUAUCAUGGCCUCUGGUAUGGCUCGGAUGUUGCGGUCAAGGUCUUCUCCAAGCAAGAGUAUUCGGAUGAAUUGAUAUAUUCUUUCAGACAAGAGGUGUCACUUAUGAAGAGGCUCCGACAUCCAAAUGUACUACUCUUUAUGGGUGCAGUUACUUCUCCUCAGCGUCUUUGCAUUGUUACAGAGUUCCUCCCACGCGGAAGCUUGUUUCGGUUGCUUCAGCGGAACACAACUAAACUGGACUGGAGACGGCGCGUUCACAUGGCUUUGGAUAUUGCACGGGGCAUGAAUUAUCUUCAUCACUGCAACCCACCUAUCAUCCAUCGAGAUUUGAAGUCAUCGAAUCUUCUGGUUGAUAGGAAUUGGACAGUGAAGGUCGGUGACUUCGGUCUCUCACGUCUUAAACAUGAAACAUACUUGACAACCAAGACUGGGAAAGGAACGCCCCAAUGGAUGGCCCCUGAAGUUCUUCGUAAUGAGCCUUCAGAUGAGAAGUCCGACGUGUACAGCUUUGGGGUGAUACUAUGGGAGGUUGUCACUGAGAAGAUCCCCUGGGAAAAUCUUAACUCAAUGCAGGUCAUUGGAGCUGUUGGGUUCAUGAAUCAACGACUAGAGAUCCCAAAAGACUUGGAUCCACAGUGGACAUCCAUAAUUGAGAGCUGCUGUCAUAGUGAUCCACGUUGUCGACCCACAUUCCAAGACCUGCUAGAAAGGCUUAAAGAUCUGCAGAGGCAGUAUUCCAUUCAAUCCCAGUUGAAUCGUGCAAAGCCUGGGGAUACCACUCAAAAAGUGCUGUAGAACUGGAAACACCUAAUGAUUGAAGGCUGUGUAUAGGCA